AUGCCCUUACCUGAGCCCCGCCAGAUCAAGAAACCCCGGUUAUCGCUUAGCUGUAUCGUCUGCCGACGACGCAAGGUUCGCUGCGGUCGCGAACAGCCAGAAUGCGCCAACUGCGUGCGCAUGAAAGAGCAUUGUGUCUACAGGGCGAUGGUCCGUGAUGAAUCCACCGGCCGCGUACGACCGAUAUCACCCCAAAACAAAGACUCUAGAGAUGCAGAUGCUCGCCCAGACCUCCCUUGGCCUGAUUGGGGCCGAGACGCCAAUGCGCCGUAUCCCGAUAAGCCUUCCAGACCUCCCUCUCGUCCUCAAUUCUCCGCCAAUGCCAGUCCUUCCCCACAUAGCCAACAGCCAUAUCCCACAGUCCCUUCAUGGGAAGAGACUAUCCAACUCCCUAGGUAUCGUGACACGAGCGUUCCUCAAAUUGGUGGUAGCUCGGCAACUACCCGGAAUCCCUCCCCCGUGGCAUCACCAAGCUCCUUCCCGACUCUCAGUGAUCCCCUCUGCCGCGAUUACCUAAGUAUACGACGAGGAGGCCGCGUGCGAUAUGUUGGUCGGACUUUCUGGGGGUUUGUUGCCGGGAAGGAGGGUCUGAGUGAUGAUUUUUUUGACGAAAACCGGCAUGCCCACCCGGAUCUACCCCUUCCACAUAUUUCCACUAUGGGAAUGUUCAAUCUCCUUCGAUCGCUGCCCACCAAGCCCGUUAGUGAUGCCCUGCUGGAGACGUUCUUCCUCGCGGUAUGGCCACUCCUUCCCCUCCUACACCCGCCUUUCCUGCAAGCAGAUUACGACGAGUUCUGGGAUUGGUGUCGGAAUAGCGAUAGUGCAUUACCCGCCGAUAAACUCCGCGAUGACCCUACCUUUAUAUGCCUUCUAUUUGCAGUCCUUUAUUGUGGCGCAUCUGCCGCGCCAGCAGCCAGCUGGGCGUACAGCAACCUCCAGGGUCUACAAAAGGAGACGACAGUGAGCCACCUCAAGUCGGCAUAUACGACGAGUCUUUCUCUAUGUCAACAUCUGGAACAUCCAACAUUGAAUACCCUGGUUUCAACUUUGCUGACUGGACCCUUCCUGGACCGGCCCUUCGAGCCCAUGCGUGGUCUGGUUCAUGUGAGCACCAUGGUGCGCAUUGCCCAGACUAUGGGUCUACAUCGGGAGGGAACCUCAUCUGCGCUGAGUCGCGUUGAUAAAGAAAUCCGACGUCGGGUGUGGUGGCAUAUUGUUUGGCUCGAUGUGCAGUCAACUAUCUCCACAGGGCUGCCCCCCUGUUGUGGGAAUGACUCCUUGGAGGCCGUGGGUAUGGUCAACAUACACAAUGAAGAGCCCAGUGAUAUCCCUGCUGGGCUUUCCCCGUGCACAGACUCUGUGACUAGUCGACAAUCGGUGGCCAUGCUAUAUGCUGUCGGACGCUUUCAGACAGCUCACCUACAAGCCAGGAUCGUGGCACAUCUACAGAGCGCGCAGGGUCCAACCCAAAAUGGAUUUAGUGAGCUGGUCACGGAUGCCAAGGAGCUUCUGAAAGAGAUUGACUCAAUUAUCGCACGCGUUCCUACGCAAGGAAUUCCCGAAAGGGGGUAUAUUCCAUCUCGUCUGGCUAAUGUAUCUCCAUUCACGCAUCCCUCGCUGUACAAGGAUGAUGCAAGCCAGCCCACUGUGUUUGCAGCAUGGACGCGUAUUAUGCUAACAUUGCUGAAAUUGGAAAUCGCCAUUUUACUGCAAAAGCCAUUUUUGCCACCCCCAGACAGUACGAACGAGCAAUCACGCAAGUCAUGGACCAGCAUGUCACAGCUCUGCGUGAAUUACUUGCGUAUUUACCUGCAGCUGUAUCAAGCCCCUGCGUUUUCACCUUAUGCAUGGUUCUUCUGCAGCCAUUAUGGGCCUCUCCAAUGCGUAUUCAUCACCCUAAUAUAUCUUCAUUCCUUCCAGGACUCUGGAGAGACUUUGCUAGCCCGAUAUUGCGUUGAUGAGGUUAUACAUCACUGCAUAGGCCAAUAUCAAGCGCCAGAUCCCUCUUCCACGAAGGCCAGCCCCAACGAUACUGAUCCCAAUGCGGGCAAGACACGGCUGCCGUUGGUCAUGCAGGUUCUCGUUGACCUUCAGGAACGCCUUGACUUAUCCCUCGGGGCUGAGGAUCGGCCCUCGCUUCCAUUGGACGUGAUCGAGUGUCAUGCCCACUUUCCUGCGUCACACCUUGCUACCAAGGCGUCUGAGUUACGCGCGACAUCUAACCAGCCCUCUUCCGAUGCAUCCUUCUCCACCACACGCACCAACCGCAAUUGCGAGACCCCAUCUAUGACCACAGGACCUCCAGUGGUUGCUGGGCACAAGCUAGCCCCGCCAAACAGCGUUCUGGUGGCUGAGAGUGACUUGGGUUUAGAUAUGGACUUCCUUGCUACUAUUUCGGAUCUAGAGGCCUGGUCCUCCUCAUUGAUUCUAGAUUCCGACAAUCUCCUCGCAUAUCUUAAUGAUAUAACGCCUAAUCACGCUGUAACCACAGGGUCGGGUCCACGCAGUACGACGUCUGGUCGCCGUGACCUGCAUGAAGGACUCGAUUUCACAGCCUAG